CAGAACUCAUUGCGUAAGCCGUUGGGGACUGGGUCCCGAGUAAUGUUUUUCUUUUCACACGUGCUACAAAUAUUCUCUACAUCUUCAAAAUGGGCAAGCUAAAAAAGAAGGGGGAAAGGGGUGCAGCCACGAAUUAUGUGUCGCGAAAUCAAGCGCUCAAGAAACUACAACUAAGUUUGCCUGAUUUCAGACGGUUAUGCAUCUUAAAGGGGAUCUAUCCAGUGGAGCCCAAAAACAAAAAGAAAGUCAACAAAGGCAGUACUGCAAACAAGACUUAUUACUAUGUUAAAGACAUCCAAUGGCUUGCGCAUGAGCCUGUCCUCAACAAGUUUAGAGAAUUCAAAGUGUUUUUAAGAAAACUGAAAAAGGCCAUUGCCAAAGAACAACCAGGAACUGCUGAUAGAUUGGAGGAUAACAAGCCUGUCUACACUCUGGACCACAUCGUUAAGGAAAGAUACCCCACUUUCAUUGAUGCUCUCCGGGAUCUCGAUGAUGCACUUUCAAUGCUUUUCUUAUUUUCUAUCAUGCCACAGACUGAUAAAAUUCAGGCUGCUGUUGUACAAGAUUGCAGAAGAUUAUCAGUGGAAUUCCAGCACUACAUAAUUUCAUCAAGAUCUCUGAGAAAGGUGUUCUUUUCCAUUAAAGGCAUCUAUUUUCAAGCAGAGAUCCAAGGCCAGACAAUUACUUGGAUAACUCCUUACCAAUUUUGUCAGGAUCCUCCGACAGAUGUAGAUUUCCGUGUGAUGUUAACAUUUGUGGAUUUCUACAAGACAAUGAUGGGGUUUAUAAACUUCAAGUUAUAUAACAAUCUAAAUAUGCACUAUCCUCCAGUGUUAGCAGACAAAACAGACAAAAAACUGGACACUAAUUACUGUAAAGAUACAGAGGUCGAAGAUGAGGUGUUAGCGGCCCUCAACCACACACUCAAGAUCAUACAAACACAAGAAGAAGAUCUCGAAGUGGAUGAGUUCCCCAUCGACCCAAAUAGUGAAGAUGCAGAGGCAAUCCAAGCACAAAAAGAAGAGGAAACAAAAUUGGAGAGGCUGAAAAAUUUGUUUUCAGAGUGUAAAGUGUUCUUGUCUCGUGAGGUACCAAGAGAUACUCUGGUCUUCAUGAUAAGGUCAUUCGGUGGCCAAGUGUCAUGGGACGUCAGCACAGCUAUUGGUGCUACAUUUGCAGAAACAGAUGAGUCCAUCACCCAUCAGAUUGUGGACAGACCAUCACAAGGACACCAGUUUCUCUCAAGGUACUAUAUCCAGCCUCAGUGGGUUGCUGACUCCAUCAACCAGGGCAAGUUGCUGCCGGUAGAGGAGUACUUCCCUGGCGAAGAGCUCCCACCUCACCUAUCGCCAUUUGUCAAGGAGGAAGAGGGCGACUACGUCCCCCCUGAGCGCAAGGCCAUUAUGGAUCAGGAGAUGGACACGAACCAGAAUGAAGUUACUGAAGAAGAGGAAGUGCCCGAUAUGACCCGUGAGGAAAAGGAGCUUGCAGUUGCUGCCAUGCCUCGCAAAGACAGACGGUUAUACGAAAAGAUCAUGCAUUCCAAAAAGAAGAAGAGAUCAGAGGUCAGGAAAUUGGAGAGCAAGCGAAAGGUUCAUGAUGAAGAGAAAGCAAAGAAGAAGCUAAAAUCAUCCUAGAUAAAGCUCUUGAUUAGCCUCAGCUGCAGCCAGCCAAUUACCUAUCGUUUGGGACUUCUGUGGUGGCCUUAGGGCUUGUCACAUCAUCAACCACAGGAAACCCAAAACCAACACUAUGGACUAGGUUGGCGAAACUGUUCUUCUCACCUGUUUCUACUAAAACUUGCAGGAAAAGGGUGUGGUAAUAUGGGAGUUACUAUAGGGAGGGCCAUUAUUUUACUGCAAAAUUUUAAAAUGCUCAAUGAAAGAAAUCAAACGAAUAAAAAUAUAAAACACAA